UCAUUGCUGGAUCAUUGUCGUUCCUACCUGUUGUGUCGUUGUUUGCUGUAUGCUGUCGUUGCUACCUGUGUGCGUUAAGCUUUCCCUGGAUCCUGACUCCUGUUCCUGCUUCCUGGUUUCUGCCGAAGCAGACAGAACACUGGGAGAGGUCAGAUCAAAGAAAAGUUUCCUUAAGUGGAGACCCUUCAGAUCAGAAAGACGGCGUAAUGGAGCCAGCAGUGUGCACGUAUGGUCGCACUUUUGUGGAGGUGAUGAGUGAAAAGUACAGUCCAGAGAACUUCCCGUACCGGAGAGGACCUGGCAUGGGGGUAGUGGUGGUUCCAACUGCAUGUCCCCAAGGUUCCCCUAUGAAAGACCGGCUGAACCUGCCCAGUGUGCUGGUGUUGACUGGUUGUGGAAUUAGCAAGGCAGGAGAACAGAGUGAAAUCGCUGCCUUCUGUUCCCAUGUCAUGGAGCUGGACCUGUCCCAUAACAAGCUGCAGGACUGGCAUGAGAUCAGUAAAAUUGUGUCAAACAUCCCCAAUCUGGAUUUCCUAAAUCUAAGCUCCAACCCGCUAGCAGGGGUGACCCUUGAGCCACAGUGUGCUGAAGCCUUUUCUCACGUCCGACGCCUCGUCCUUAACAACACCCAAGUGUCCUGGGACACCGUAAUGCUGCUCACCCGUGGGAUACCUGAGCUAGAAGAAUUGUUCCUGUGCCUUAAUGAGUACAGUGGUGUAAGUGCCUCCAGUGAUGCUUGCCCCAGUGUCCGCCUGCUUCAUAUCACAGACAACAGCCUACACGACUGGGUCGAAGUCCGCAAAUUUGGAUCCAUGUUCCCGGGACUUGACACUCUAGUCAUGGCCAAUAACAAUUUAGCUUCUAUACAAGACAGCAAGGAUAUCCUACAACGACUCUUCCCAAACCUUCGCAGCAUCAACCUCCACAACUCAGGUCUUAAUCGAUGGGAAGACAUUGAGAAGCUGAACUUUUUCCCUAAGCUGGAGGAGGUACGACUACAAGGCAUCCCAUUACUGCAGAACUACAGCAAUAUGGAGCGUCGCAGCCUGAUGAUAGCACAGCUUCCCUCUAUAUCGCUGUUGAAUGGCAGCGUUAUAACUGAAAGUGAAAGAGAAGAUUCAGAGCGAUUUUUCAUCCGUUACUACUUGCAUUGCCCUGAAGAGGAGCUACCUCACAGAUACCAUUGUUUGGUAAACAAGUAUGGAAAGUUGGAGCCAUUGGCCGAAAUCGAUCUCCGGCCACGCUGCCAUGCUGAAGUGGAGGUUCAUUGCGAGGAAAAAGUGGAACAGCUAUGCAUACGUUUGGACAGGACUGUGGCUGAGCUGAAGAAGCAGCUGACGUCAGUGGUCCAGCUGUCAACUAACAGCAUGAGAUUGUAUUACAUCGACAAGAACAGUGCUUUUGGUCCUGAAGAGCUCAAAUACAACACGCGAGCACUUCACUCAUACAAUAUCCAAGAUGGUGAUGAGAUACUUGUAGUUCCCAAGACCAAGUGAACUGUUACUUUACUCAUUGCCAUUUUCUGUAACGAACAGGUACCGACUGAUUGGUUAACUGACUAGAAAACACUGCAAAAUGUAUAUCUUAUAGCUCCAGAGCCUGUGUGUUAAAAUGAAGAGUGAUACAAGAGAAAGAUGAGCUACAUUGUAAUGACUGCACAGUGGAGAGCAGUGAGGCUCUAACUACAAAUGGAUUGAGUUAGGUCUUCAUUUAUUUAAGCUUUAUUUGAGGACAUCCUCUGAAGUGCAGGAUGUGGAGGACGGAUGGAAUUUGACAACUGGCUAGAAGCUGGCAGCUUCAGAUAGGAUGUCAUUGCUGCACCACCACUGCACCUUUAUCUGCAUGAAUGCACCGUGGCUGCACAGGCAGGUAAAUAACCACACUUGCUUGGCCAAUUGUGACGAAAGCUACCUUGAACCACCGAGACGUGGCGCUGCUGAGUGGACUAAAUGAUGUUGUGUUAUCACUUUACUUUUAAGUGUUGAGAACAACUUUUCUUUUAAGAAAAGUUUGACAUCUUCGGGUUUAAUUUUGCUCUUUAAUGUUUUCCUUUCAUGCCGACUCUGCAAACACUGUUUAAAUCUUACUAAAAGAACAAUACAUAAGCCCAAGAGUCAUGUUUGAGACAUAAUCAUGAAGAAAAAUUAGAGUUCUUUAGAGAUAUGAAAUACACUGUAUUCUGACUAUUUAUGAACUAUGAAUUGUCCACAAUGUUGCUGAAAGUAAAUGUAUUCAUCUUCUUACUCAGUGAAAAAUCAAUGAAUAUGCAAAUAUUUUAAAACAUGUUCAAGCAUUUAUCAACCAUACACCAAAUAUUUAAAUGUCUAAUGUUAGUGCGCUGAACAUAUAGUUGUCAAUUAAAUUAGUAAAAAUAUAGUAUGUAUUUACGUUCUGGACUUUGACUUCUGUUGUGCUACUGUUUUUUGUUUUUUUAUCUUUCAUUACGACACAUUUUCAACCUUUUUGCAUCAAAAAAGUAUGCGAAACAUCUCUUUUGGUACACACUCUGGGUAUGUUGAAGGAUUACUAACUAAAAUGGAAAUGGAAUCAACAGGUUAUUGAUGUUGGACACCAAUGUUACAUGGACACCAGUUCAUGACAAAACAACUCAACAAACCCACGCUGUGGAACUCUAAAAUUGAUCACUGGGCUGAUGUCCAAACUUUUUACAUCAAGGACUGACCGCAGUCAGAAUAAGCAAUGGAUUACGGAGGGCAUUUUGAUUGUUUUAAUUUUUUCAAAAAAGAUAAAACCAAAACAAAGUACUUGAAAGUUAAUACAGUGGAGCAUGUUUAGGUCGAAAACCCAUCGAAGUAGACUGGGGAUGCAACUAACGAUUAUUUUACUUGUCGACUAGUCAGCGAUUAUUUUUUUCAAUUAGACGAGGAGUCAAACAAUUAUGGCUAAAGAUCUUGUUUGUGUUUCACGUUAAGUCCGCAACUUGAUUAUAAUUCAUUUUGUACACGUAAUAUAGUACAUUAAUAUGUAAGAAAUGUUCUCGAUAUGACUGGUUUUAACCACAGUGGAAAAUAAAUCAAACAUGAAUCCUGUAAAUGACAUUCAGUGCAAAAAAUAUUUUUAUCCAGUAAUUUUCUGGUUUUAUAGACCCAAUUAUUUACUUCAGUGAAAAAAUGUGUGUAAACAUGGACAUUUCAAAUCUUUGUCGAUGAUUUGAGUGACUUAAAGUUGCAGCCCGAAAGUCGGCCAAAUUAUGAAGUCUUGGUCCACCAUGUUCUUAUUAUUAGGGGUGUCCCAAUUCGAUAUUGAUAUCAAAUAUCUGUUUGAAAGCAGCAAAACACAAAUAUCGAAUUAUAUUAUCUUGCACCAAAAAUCUUCAAUAUAAGUGCUCUGUUACAAGCAGUCCUCCAGCAUGUCUACUUGUGCAAAGCUCGACAACCAGUUAACAACUAAACGUCCUCCAAUAAACUUCAGAAUAAAAGCAUGUACCGUACCCCCCCGUGACCCCGAAAGGGACAAUUGGUAGAAAAUGGAUGGAUAGAUGGAUGGAACAUGGAUUCUAUCAAAUCAAUUAAGGAAAUGCCAUUUAAUAACAAGUAAGAUUUGCGUGUGUACAAAAACGUGGUCAAAGCUAUUUUCGGUUAUGUCGAUGUGAGUCACCAAUCUGAGGGAUGUCGACUUAAACGGUUUCCACUGUAUAUUAACCGAAAAUGUCAGCUUUGUGUUGUUAGCUUCAACAUUUCAACUCCCAGUUUUUAAUGUCUUUUUUUUUUUAGUAAUUGUAUUUUUAAGAAUGUGGCGCGAUCAAUAACAAUUGAUCUGUUGGCUGCACCAUGGGCACCUCUGCCUUAACCACUGAACUAAGGUACAAUAUGUUGUCACUGCAGAUGCAGUUUAGCAGCUCUUUGUGGCAUUAUAAAAACUAGUAGAUUACCUUUAAAAGAAUGAAAACAAAACUAUACAGUAUGUAGAAUAAAUAUUGCAAAGAGUCACCCAUUUACAGAUUGAGUGCAAACUAUUUGUCAAUAUAUUUGUACACACUCAAGUAUGGCUAAGUGUUUUAGUUAUUAUGAGAUAAUCUGUUUCUGUCAACUGUGUUUAAUGCAGAGGAGUCCAAACUAUUUCCACUGCAGGCUUCACACGGAAAAUGCUGAAACCAACCCAAUAUACUGUAGGUCCAUGUAUUCUAGGCCAGUGGUUCUCAAAUGGGGGUACGCGUACCCCUGAAGGUAUGCCAAGGGGUACGUGAGAUUUUUUUUUAAAUAUUUUAAAAAUAGCAACAAUUCAAAAAUCCUUUAUAAAUAUAAAUAAAAACCUAUCUUUUUUUCCAAAUAGUUCAAGAAAGACCACUACAAAUGAGCAAUAUUUUGCACUGUUAUACAAUUUAAUAAAUCAGAAACUGAUGACAUAGUGCUGUAUUUUACUUCUUUAUCUCUUUAUUUGAACCAAAAAUGCUUUGCUCUGAUUAGGGGGUACUUGAAUUUAAAAAAAAUUCACAGGGGGUACAUCACUGAAAAAAGGUUGAGAACCACUGUUCUAGGCUAUCUGAACAAAACAUUCACAUUUGAGCUUUUUGUUAUAUGCGACAAAGUAAAGUUCUGUAAUCCACGCAUCCAUCCAUUUGUAAUAAAAUAUCUCAAUGGUAAUUAUCACAUUUUUAGAAUAUUAAAAAAAACAGCUGUGGGAUAAAAAUUGACCCGGUCCAGACUUUGGACACCCUUAGUUUAAUGUAUUUUCCUAUUAAGCAUCUAACAAGAGAAGGAGUUUCUGUUGAUGUGCAGUAGAAUGGCUAUACAGUGGAACCCACUUGUGGUCCUGUUUAUUUUGACAGCCAGUUUUAUGUCAACCAACUCAUUAAGUCCUGGUCCACCAUGUGCCUGCUUAAGUCGACACUACACCAUGGUCGACAGCGUUUCUCAACAUAAGAUUCAAGACCAAUGAGGCCAUUUCUGUGGAAAUUGGUCCUUUUAUGUUGACAUGUGUCGUAGUAUUGUCAACAGCAACAUAACUACUGUCUAGUUACACAACAUGAAACGCGCAAACCGUGACUUCCGGUUCAAUACAAAGUAAGCGUCAAAAUAAAAGCAUGUAAGUAUUACCCUGGAGUCUACCACAACAACUUACAAAAUGCAUCCUUUUGUUUUAGUUUUUUGUACCAGAAGAAAAGUUUGCAAAGAUGUACAAAAGCCUUAUUGUCAUCUUACUCAAAACAUGCAACGAAAUUACCCCACAGGAGUAAAUAUAACAUGAUAAUACAGUAGGACCUCAAUUUACAUGCUUAAUCUGUGACAGAGCUCUUGAAACAAAACACUCAAAUCAAAUCUGAAAUUAAUUUAGUUGGUGCUUGGUGCCUCCGAAACAGCACAAGUUUAACAUGUAACAUGCCUUUUAAAAAUAAAAACAAACUUUGAGAUAAGAAACAUUGGAUAAAAACAAAAAAAUAGGAUUUACUUUUAAGAACUACUGUACUGUAGUUUUUGAAGUAAUGUAAUGUAGAGCCUUGGAGAGUGGACUUUUAUGGUAUCUCCUUCCAGCUGUUUUUCCAUCAAACAAACCAUCUGCAGGUUCUACAUAUUUACGUGGUUAAAUGUAUGCUCUUUAAAUAUUAUUUCAACAUCCUUGACUGGAAUUAGACUCAUUCUGCUUCAGUAUGGCGCAAACUAGCAGUGAUAUGCUCUAAUUACUUCACCAACUUGGCGACACGCUUGGUUAUGUGUUUGAUGUUAUAUUUUUUUAAUUCAAUGAAUAUAACCCGCUUCUUUUUCUCUGCACUGUCCUUCACACUCACCUGUGUCUUUACUAUGGUUGAAAAAACAACGUUAUGUCCAUCUCUAACUACGAACUAAUGCCAGCGAGUAAGACCGGUUGUUUUGGGCAGGUAUUAAAGGUUUCACUGUGUCAUUUCUGAUGACAACUUAUGGCAGGGAUGCUUGUAA